AUGCUCGCCGCCUCGUCACCGCACCUCGUCAUCGCCCAGGACGCCAUCACUUGCUUCUACCGCACGGUCCUUUCCUCCAGCAAGGAGCCGAGCAAGGCCUUCUACCUCGCCAUAAUCGCCGACGUUGAAUUCGCACUGCUGUUGGGCGACAUGUGCGGGCGAUUCAUCGAGCAUUUCGGGGCGACACACUCGAUCGUGGCGUUUUCGAUGUCGACGGCGAGAAAGGAGCACGAGAUUAUGAUCCGAUGCAAAGGGGAUGAGCUCAACGCCAAGGAGUUGAAGCUGUACGUAGAGGUCGACAAGAAGGAGGUGGUCAGCGUGCGGAGAUUGAGGUGGAAUUUCAGGGGGAACCAAGCCAUCUUCGUCGACAGUUCGACGGUGGACGUGAUGUGGGACGUGCACGGAUGGUGGUUCUGCGACUCCUCCCGCUGCGCUGAAUUCCUGCGUGGUCGUGUUCGGAUUCCAACGCGGUCGCAUCCGGAUUCCGGCGCGGUCGCGUUCGAAUUCCGGCGCGGUCACAUCCGGAAUCCGUCGUGA